AUGACUCUCCUCAUCCUCACCGAAACCUCUGCGGGUUAUGCCUUGCUCAAGGCCAAAGACAAGAAACUGCUCAAGCACGACGACCUUGCUUCUGAAUUGAGCAAUGUCGAAAAUGUCACGUCUAUGCUCAAAUUGAAGGAGUUCCAGAAAUUCGAUAGCGCGGCUGCGGCACUGGAAGAAGCGGCCGCAAUUGUGGAAGGCAAAGUCACCCCGAAACUUUCCUCUCUACUGAAUACCUUGAAAGACGAGAAAAAGAUAUCUCUUGCCGUCGCAGACCCAAAGCUGGGAAACGCAAUUGGAAAAAUUCCUGGCCUGGAGAUCAAAGCCGUCGCUGAUUCCACCACCGCCGACCUGUAUCGAGCCAUCCGAGAAUAUCUGCCCUCUCUCAUUCCUGGUCUGUUGCCGGACGAUGUUAAGACCAUGUCCCUGGGUCUUUCACACUCCCUUGCGAGACACAAGCUUAAAUUCUCUCCGGACAAAAUCGAUGUCAUGAUCGUACAGGCGAUCGGCCUACUGGAUGAUCUGGAUAAAGAGCUGAACACAUAUGCCAUGAGAGUAAAGGAAUGGUACGGUUGGCAUUUCCCCGAGAUGGCAAAGAUUCUGAACGACAACCUCGCAUAUGCGAAAGUGGUGUUGAAGAUGGGCAUGCGGACAAAUUGGGAAACCUGUGAUCUUGCGGAAAUUCUACCAGAAGAGAUUGAAGCCGCAGUAAAGGCCGCUGCCGACAGAUCGAUGGGCACCGAGAUCACUGACGAAGAUUUGGAGAAUAUACAGAGCUUAGCCGAGCAGGUGGUGCAAUUCACAGAAUACCGCACACAGCUUGCCAGCUAUCUGUCAGCAAGAAUGACAGCUAUCGCCCCCAAUUUAACAACCCUUGUCGGUGAUCUUGUGGGUGCUCGGCUGAUCGCCCACGCUGGAAGUCUGAUGAAUUUGUCCAAAAGCCCCGCGAGUACGAUACAAAUUCUCGGAGCUGAGAAGGCACUCUUCCGUGCACUGAAGACGAAGCAUGAUACCCCCAAAUACGGUCUUAUUUACCAUGCGUCCUUGAUUGGCCAAGCGAGUGGCAAAAACAAGGGCAAGAUGGCAAGAGUGCUUGCCGCAAAGGCCGCACUGGGAUUGAGAGUAGACGCUCUGCAAGAAUGGGGGGAUGAUGAAGUCAACAUUCCCGAGGACGAGAAGGCCGCUCUUGGAUUAUCCGCACGAGCGAACCUUGAGCGCAAGCUAGCUGCUAUGGAGGGCAAGCCACUGAAACCUCGAGGUGUCGCCAUUGCGCCCAAUGGCACUUCCACUACACCACAACCCAAGAAAUGGGAGAUCAAAGAAGCGCGGAAAUACAACCCUGAUGCUGAUGGGUUGGCUGGUGAUGAGGCUCCAGCCAAAGCACCAAAGAAGUCCAAGAAGGAAAAGAAGCUCAUCGAGGAGGUUUCCGAGGAUGUCGAUAUGAAAGAGGACGGCGAAUUGGAUAACGAUGAAGCUGAGUCUCAACCCGAUGAGCCAAUAACUGCGGACGAGGUUGAAGCGAUAGUGCCAUCCUCUGUCAACGGUGUUAACGGAUUGUCCAAAAAGGAAGCCAAAAAGGCUGAGAAGGAGAGAAAACAUGCAGAGAAAGCUGCUCGCAAGGCUGCGAAAAAAGAAAAGAAGGCCGGAGCAGAGAAGUCGGCAACAGCCGGUCAGGAGGAUAAGAUUGAAACAUUAGCUGCCCAGUGUGGAUUGAGCGUGGAAAGAUACAAGCGGAAGCUAGCACGAGGCGAGAUCCAGUUUCAAGAGGACGGCACACCUGUAGCGGUCUCAAAGAAAGAGGUCAAGAAGGCUAAGAAAGCUGCCGAAAAGGCUUCGGCGAAGGAGGCAAAUGGCGAAGUUGAGGGGACCAAAAAGCGAAAACGAGUUGAAGAAGAUGCCGACACGUCGAAGUCAGAGAAGAAAAAGAAGCGGAAAGAGAAGGCAUAA